AGUGAAGCUUUCUCUUCCGGGGCGAGCGUCUGGGCUCUCGCACGUGGUCGUGUUGCCCCGGCUGGAGCCGGUGCUGGCGGGGAAGUAAUUUGAGUUGUUUUACUGGAGCUGGUGAGCGGAGCCGGGACCAUGGAGGGCCAGAGCGUGGAGGAGCUGCUGGCUAAGGCGGAGAGGGACGAAGCCGACAAGUUGCAGCGCAUCACGGUGCACAAGGAGCUGGAGCUGGAGUUCGACCUGGGUAACCUGCUGGCCUCGGACCGGAAUCCUCCCACGGGCCUGCGGCGCGGGGAACCUCCCCCGGAGGCCGAACUGCGGGCCUUGGCGCGGGACAACACGCAGCUGCUCAUUAACCAGCUGUGGCAGUUGCCCACGGAGCGCGUAGAGGAGGCGCUGGUGGCGCGGUUGCCGGAGCCCACCACUCGCCUGCCGCGCGAGAAGCCAGUGCCCCGGCCGCGGCCGCUUACCCGCUGGCAGCAGUUCGCGCGCCUCAAGGGCAUCCGUCCCAAAAAGAAGACCAAUCUGGUGUGGGACGAGGUCAGCGGCCAGUGGCGACGCCGCUGGGGCUACCAGCGCGCCCGCGACGACACCAAGGAGUGGCUGAUCGAGGUGCCUGGGAGUGCCGACCCCUUGGAGGACCAGUUCGCCAAGCGGAUUCAGGCCAAGAAGGAACGGGUGGCCAAGAACGAGCUGAACCGGCUGCGUAACUUAGCCCGCGCGCACAAGACGCGGCUCCCCAGCUCGGCCGGGAUGCACCCGACGGGACACCAGAGUAAGCAGGAGCUGGGCCGCGCCCUGCAAGUGGCCAGGGUCUCCACCGCUUCCGUGGGGCGCUUUCAGGAGCGUCUGCCCAAGGAGAAGGCCCCCCGGGGCUCCGGCAAGAAGAGGAAGUUUCAGCCUCUUUUCGGGGACUUUGCCGCGGAGAAAAAGAGCCAGUUGGAGAUGCUGCGACUCAUGAACAGCAAAAAGCCUCAGCUGGACGUGACCAGGGCCGCCAAUAAGCAGAUGAGGGAGGAAGACCAGGAGGAGGCGGCCAAGAGGAGAAAAAUGAGCCAAAAGGGCAAGAGAAAGGGGGGCCGGCAGGGUCCUGGGGGCAGGAGGAAAGGGGGGCCCCCGCCCAGCCAGGGAGGUAAGAGGAAAGGAGGCUUGGGAGGCAAGAUGAAUUCCGGGCCUCCCGGCUGGGGUGGCAAGAGGAAAGGAGGGCAACACCAAGGAGGAAAGAAAAGGAAGUAAAGUUGACCCUCUGACCGGAGUACCUGUAAACCAAGAACUACUCUACAUGUUAAGGUGUAGUCCUGCAGGGGGUGCAGGAGAAGGUGGCCACCGCCUUCAUUGAGGUUGAAGGGAUGGGAUUGCCCUCCCCUCAAAAUACUAUGAAAAUGUUGGACUUUACAAAAUAAUGUUUUUCCAAUAACCAUGUCUUUGGCUGGAGAUUUAAAGGAUGUAUUUUUUUUUAUUAACUUUGGAUGUGGUAUGAGGGACAGUUCAUAUUUCAGAGACAAAAUAGUAUGCCUUCAGCUUUAUUUUUGUAACAAGCUUGUGUGUUGAUCAAAGUAGCUGGGAGCACACAGAAAAAUUUCAGAACUAACCUUAAAAAAGUAAUUGUGAAGUUAUUUAAUAAAAGUGUGUCUGUAUUUAAUGUUGCUUUUCACUGUUUGGCUAUCGUUAAAUAAAGCCAGUGACCUGGAUAUCUGGCACAUAUUAUUUUUCUUUAUUUUCUAAAACCGCAGCAAACUUGUGAUUUUAGCAACAUCACUGUAAAAAAAAAACACAACUUUUAGUAUCAGAUAUAAUAUUGAAGGUAUAGUAUGAUUGGUUUUUCUGAAAACAGAUUUCCUGCUUUUCAACACAAAAUAUUGAUUUGCUUGCUGUAAAUGAUAAGUUUGGGUAUAACUGAAUAACGGUGGUAAUUGUCAUUAGUCCAGAAAAUACUUAAAUAUUUCUCAACAUUUUAUGUCCCCAAUUUUUUAAAAAACUUCUAAUAGGAGCUGUUUUGGGAAGACAGCUUACAAAACUCUUAAUUGAAACAUUAUCUUUUACUCAUUUGUCAGAUUGGCCUGGAGCUGGUUUGUUUAGGUGUUGAAAUGUUAUUGUCAUUCUGGUUAUCUCUCCCUAAUAUCUCCUGAAAAGUAUUCAUAGUUGAUCUCAAAUCCAGGGGGGUCUUUUUUUGCUGCUAUUACAGAGCUGAGAGCCAUACUCUGCUGUUUGGUCUGAUAAUUGAUAGGAAAUUAAAAUUGGGAAUUCAUUU